CAGUGACAAGGAAGCAAUAACUGCAAUUAUUCAACCAAUAACUGCAAAGGGAAGAGACAUCAUCCAUCUUCCUCUGACCGAGGAAUCUAACCAAUAACUGCAAUUAUUUUUGCACUUCCUACUUUCGUGUGUACUUUGUGAUUCCCGAUAUGAUGCUCUACAUGUCAUAUUAUGUUAUGAUGAAUUUGACUGCUAUUUUGAUCUAUAUUUUUUGACUCUCUUGUUGUCAUCAAGUUCUUCAUCUUUAUUGUCAUCAUUCCAUACUAGUUCCCACAUGUAAAUAAGCUUGUUUACAGCAUAUAAAGGAGCUUAAACGGAUAACGAAUCAACGAUAGCCAUUGAUCUGUGUACUUUUUCAUUUUUUAUUCAACUUACAGACAUUUCACAUACUAGAUAUCCUCAUCCUUCAAUCAUCAAAGAACACAGAUAUCUUGUAUGAAAUUACUCAAGGCUCCAAAUCUCACUCUCGUUUAUAAAUGGUUAGUUGGGGUUCAAAUUCUUCUCGAAGAAAGGUAGCUACAUUCUUCUGAAUGAUAGGUAGACGUUGCAAGCCCUAAGAGGGCCUCCCUCUGUAUAUAUCUCUCAAAGUAUAAAUUUGGUAGCUUGUCUUGUUUGAACAUAGAAGAAACGACAAUGGAUCCUUUGAGCAGUCGUUUCACCAACAAAGAUGCUAACAGAGGAGCAUGGACAGCUGAAGAGGACAAAAAACUGGCACAAGUCAUUGAAAUCCAUGGACCAAAGAGAUGGAAGAAAGUUGCAGUUAAAGCAGGUCUAAAUCGAUGUGGGAAGAGUUGCAGGUUGAGAUGGAUGAAUUAUCUUAGACCCAAUAUUAAGAGGGGAAAUAUAUCUGACCAAGAAGAGGACUUAAUACUUAGGCUUCAUAAACUCCUAGGAAACAGGUGGUCUUUGAUUGCUGGAAGACUACCAGGUCGAACUGAUAAUGAGAUAAAAAAUUAUUGGAAUUCUCAUUUGAGCAAGAAGAAGAAGGAGAAGGGGAGACAAAAUAGAGGUUGCAUAGUACAGUCUCAGCCUGAAGAAGCAAAGGCAAUGGAGAUGGACAAUAUAGUCAAUAAAAGUGAAGAAGGUACCUCCAACUCCAAGGUAGAAGAGAACUCAAAGGCCAGCUUCAACGAGGGUGACUUCUGUUAUAGCUCCAUUGAGGGACCUCUAGAUCUGGAGUGGAUGGGCAAAUUCCUUGAAAUGGACGAAAGUUGGUUUGAGUUUUUAUAUGAUAAGUGAGUUUUCAUUAUCUUUUCUUUGAUAAAACGACAUAUAGUCCAAGUUUCUGUUUUUUUUUUUUUUUUUUUUUAAUAAAAGGAUAUAUCUUUUCUUUGGAAUGGAUUAAAGUUGUCUAUAGGUGACAAAGUUCAAAAUUAGUUUAGGGAUUUUCCUUGGAUCAGCAAAUUUACACCCAAAUUGCAAUGUCCUGGCCUCUCUAAAAAGCGUUGUCAUACGAGAAAUUGGAAAUCGAAAUCCAAGAAGGAUGUUCUUUGUAGAUUAGUGUUGAGCUCCACAGUUUAUGGGAUUUGGAGAGCUAGGAAUGAAAUAAAGCAUCAUGGCCAACCAAAUACAGAGGAGCAGAUUUUAAAGUUGAUUUUCGGUGAAGUUCGAUCCAAGAUAUCAGGAAAAGGAAGUUUCAAGAAAACUAGGAAAAAUCUUAGCCUUAGUCAAAACUGGAAACUCAAUGUAAACAUGCAUGCCGGUUUGAUACCAGUUUUGCCCCGGCCUUUUCUAAGUGUUGUUUUGCCUGAGUCUUUGUAACAGGGCCUUUGCUGCUCUGGUUUGCGUUCAUGCUUCAGUUGUAAUCUUGCUCCUUUAGUUGUUGAAUGAAAUUAAAAAAAAAAAAAACGAAAGAAAAUCAUAAUAAGCUUCACAUUACAUCA